AUGCACUGGGCAGGCAGUGGGGCGCUCGCCCCAUCAUUUACAGAAAACCCUCRUCAUGCCAAUGUGGUUGAAACAGGUGACCUGAGAGGAAGGAAUUUCCUCCAAGGAAACCACGUUCUGCUGCUGCACACUCGGGUGCUGGGACAGCGACAGCACAAAACUGAUGGGAUGUUUUCUCUCAUUUCAACAGGUUGUGCAAAUGGAAAUCAAGACCCCUACCGGCAAAUACUGACUUCCUAUGGCUCCCUGCACUGCGGGGCCUUUGUCGGGACUUGGAGCCCUCGGCACCUCCGGCAGAGCUCGGAGCCAGGGACGCUCAGCACAACGACAGCAGCUCAACACAGUGCCAGGCACAACGGGCCCGAGGGAGCCGCCGACGUCUCAAACAAUCACUUGCCAAGGCCUCUGCUUGCUGACGUUAGGAUAAGGCAGCGCGUCACCCUGCCCAGCACCGCGCUGCGCUCGGGCUCCCGGCGCCGUCCCGGCCACCGCGGCGCAACCGGCGCCUCGCACCUCGCCUCGACACCCGCCCCGGGCCCGGGCCCCGCUCGCUCCCGCUCCGCAGCGCCCGCGCUGGAAGCUGCGGCCCCCGGCAGGCCCUGGGCCGCGGGGCUGGGGCCGGGGGUCGCUGCCCGUGGCGCUGCCUCUGCCUUGCAGGCCGCGUCCCGCAGCCGCAGCGCGGCCGCCGCGCCGGAGCCCGACGAGCCGGGGAGACUCAUCUACAGAGGGAACCUCGCCAGGGCCGUGCUCGGCGUGAAAUUCUUCUCUUACUCCACCAGCAUCUUCAAUGUCUUCAUGAUGCCCUACCUGGUGCUCCAGACGGGCAUUGGCUUCGAGAGCGCCUUAGCGCAGGCCGCCUUCUGCGGCGUCGUCGGCUUCUUCACGUUUGUGACGCCCGUGACGCUGCACGUCCUCACCAAGGGCUACGUGGUUCGCCUCUACUACCGCGAGGCCACCGACACGUACACGGCUGUCACCUACAACGCCGUCCUGGCGGAGAAGACGACUGUCUUCCGUCAGGAGGACGUGAAGCUGCCGGGCAUCAGCAAGAUGUUCACAACGUUCUACGCUAAAACCAAGUCCAUGCUUGUUAAUCCGGUGCUUUUUCCAAAUCCACGGGAUUAUGAACAUCUCAUGGGCUUCGACAAGCCAUUUUAUUUUGACUUGGACGAGGAGAAGGAAGCCACUGAAAGCAAGUAAUUUGGAAGUACUGAAUGUCACUGGUGUUAUUGGUGGUACACACUGCUGCCUGUGUAGAAGAAUGUAAUAUUCUGUAACAUUUUUUUUUUAAAUUAUCAGAUACUGUUAGACUCUUCAGAUGCAUUUUGGAAUGUAUAAAAGCCUGAUGCCUGUCUGUUUUUUUUUUUUAAAAAAAACUUGUAAAGAACAUGAAGGGUUUCUUCAGAGUCAAUGUCACGAACCCCAGUAAAACAAAUGCCUGUAUCUGUCUUGUGCUCGUUUGUUCUUUGCUCAGUUUUGAUCGUUAAAUCGCUGGGAGAGGUGUAAAAUGCACAGCCUGAGCAGCCUGUGCUGCAGCCUCACCAAGUCCUUCCCUUCCAGAGAUGCCCUUCUGGCACGAUACCUGCUCGGGCAAAAUGCUGCCCCACGUGCGUGCUGCACUGCUGCUGACUUACAGAAAACCCUAGCACCAAGUGGCUCAACUGGAAUCUUUUGGAUAGAAAAUGGCACAUUUUCAAGUGGAAACUUUGCUAGAGGAGCAAAAAGGAAUCUUUAGAGUACRGGUUAGAUUUUCUGCCUUUAGAAAUGCUUCUUAUCUAUUUAUUUAUUUAGCUCUGCCAAAAAAGACAUUUGUAGCUCAGUUAAAAGCAAGAUUAGACUUUCAGAUCUUUUUGCCUGACCGGAUUUGUUAGAGUGGUUCUACACUCUGAACAUGAAGCUGGACUUAAGUUUUUGCAGCCCAACCACAGUUUUGCCAUUUAAAAUGAUGGAUACA